ACGACGUCUGCCACGACGCUCCCAUCGACUCUGACGUUCUUUUAAUCGUCUCGGUGUUCGAGAAAAUUCUCAGGGUCAGAGUUUUCCAUUCCGUUCGAAUUAAACGCGGUGUGGCUCGGUAAAUAGCGACGUGAAUCGGUACGCGCGAUCGCCGUUUCAAUACUGCACCUUCCGGUUGCUGUGAAACCUUCGGAUUUCGGCAACGCGGAACGUGACGCCAAAUUCUGGAAUGUUUAGAAUGUUUUGUCGCGAAGAAACGUCGCUGUAACGAAAGUACGAGAUUCUCUUCAAAUAUUUUCUUUCGCAAAGAAUGUUGCAGUACGAAGAAUUAACUAGCAUAUCGAAAGAGUGAAAAGUGAGCUGAAAUAUUAAAAUUUGAAGGCAGAGAUAAAAUUUCAAUUUAAAUAAAAUAGAUUUGGAACAGAAACGAGAAUUGUGCCUGCAUAUUGUGACAUGUCACGUUGCACACAUUGAAAUGCAGAAAGCAAACAAAACUUCGAAAUCAUGCUUUUUUAAUGUUAAUCAUUUAUCGGACGUAUCAGCCCUCAGACGGAUACAGAUCUCACGAAAACAAAUCUCUAUCUGCGAAAACGAUCGGAAUUUGGUUAAACAAAAAUAGCGCAUCCGUUGAAAAGUUGAAACCCGAAAAAAAGCAGACUGCAUCGAUUGUCUGAUCGUGGGAUUAUCUUUGUUCAUCAUGGACCAACGAUGGAUGAUCUUGAUCACCAUAAUCGGACUAUUGGCGACUGUGCCCGAGAAUCAUGGCGCCCCACGAGUUAUAAAAAUUGGCGCAAUCUUCCAUGCCGGCGACGAAGAGCAUAAGGCUGCAUUUCUAAAGGCGGCAUACGAUACGAGAUUCCAGGACGUCGCGCCCACAUUCGAGCUGGAGGCCGUCACAAAGCUGGUGGAUAGUAAUACCGACAGCUUCAAGACCGCAGCCGCUGCUUGCGAGCUGAUCCAGGAAGGCGUGGUAGCCAUCUUUGGUCCCUCGAGUCCCCACACUUAUGCAGUUGUCGCGAGUAUCGCAGCAAAAUUCGAUAUUCCUCAUAUAGAUUAUGUUUGGAGGCUAAACGAGGAGGUGGAGGCUGAUAAAGAACCGAAGAACCCUAUGCCGAUGACCAUCAAUAUAUAUCCAGACAGUGAUAUGGUUGGCAAAGCGAUCGCUGACGUGGUCGAGUCUAUGAAGUGGAACACUUUCGUGGCUAUCUACCAGACGAACGAUGGUCUGUCGCGGAUCCAAAAGUCCUUGUCGUUGAGACGAAAGAAGGAUGGCGUGAUCACGAUAAGAAAGCUGAAUGGUGCAGGGGAUUAUCGACCUAUCCUGAAGGAGAUUCGCGCUCUGUCCAUCUGCGACGUGAUCAUCGAUGUCGAGCCGAAUAACAUCGUCGACGUGCUCUAUCAAGCCAAGGAGGUCAAGCUGUUGGCGGACUACUGUAAUUUCUUAAUUACUUAUCUGGAUUCGACGAAACUACCUGUUUCGGAUAUACGAAAUGAAACGGGUGCCAACAUCACCGGACUGAGUUUACGCGAGAACGAUAUGGAAGGCAUUAAUUGGGUGGAGUCAGCUGUUUUGUACGAUUCUGUGUUUCUGCUAUAUAACGCGAUGAAUGCAUUGAAUGCGAGGAACAAGGACAACGAGGAUUCUGUAACUAUUGACCCAGUACCGCUCUCUUGUGAAGAAGCAGAGAAAUACGCCGCAGGUCCCAACAUUACCAGCCUUAUACGAGAGCUAGCCAAAGAGGGUAAAAUCACGGGGCCGAUGGCAAUCGACGAAAAUGGUCGACGUCAGUAUUUCAAUAUACGAAUCAUGGACUUGAGGCCGGAUGGUAGCGUGCAGACAUCCUACUGGGAUCCCGAUGGACUUCAUUUGAUCGAGAACGAACAGGAACGGGAAAGCUACUUGUACAAAUCCAUCGAAUUGAAGAAAUUCAAAAUCACCACGAAACUGGGCCCACCUUACGUGAUGGAGGUGACUGACAGCGCAACUCGAGGCAUACUGAUCGAGCAAAAGCGAUACGAGGGCUUCUGCAUCGAUCUUAUCGAGGAAAUUUCCAAGCUGCUGAAAUUUAAAUAUGAAUUCGAAUUAGUUCCGGACGGUAAUUACGGCUCGUACGUUAAAGAGACGAAACAGUGGAACGGACUGAUUAGACGUCUUCUUGACAGGGACGCAGAUCUGGCAAUUUGUGAUCUAACGAUCACCUACGAACGAGAGAGCGCAGUUGAUUUCACGAUGCCAUUUAUGAAUCUAGGUAUCAGCAUUUUAUACAGAAAACCGGAGGAGAAGGAGCCGGAUCUAUUCUCCUUCCUGUCACCAUUGUCAACUCAUGUCUGGAUUUACAUGGCGACUGCUUUCUUAGUAGUUUCAGUAAUGCUGUUUCUGCAGGCUCGAAUUGCACCCGGCGAAUGGAACAAUCCACACCCGUGCAAUCCAGACCCCGAGGAACUGGAGAACAAUUUCACUUUGAAGAACUCUAUGUGGCUCACUUCCGGCUCUAUCAUGCAACAGGGUUCCGAUAUACUUCCAGCAGCACCAUCGAUUCGAAUGGUGGCCGGAAUGUGGUGGUUCUUCACAUUGAUCAUGGUUUCUUCGUACACUGCCAAUUUGGCAGCGUUUUUGACGGUGGACAAGAUGGAUACCCCAAUCAAGGGUGUGGAGGACCUCGCCAAGCAGACAAAAAUUAAGUACGGAGCCGUGGACGGCGGAUCCACGUCCGCCUUCUUCAGGGACUCGAAUUACUCGACUUAUCAACGCAUGUGGGCCGCAAUGAUGGAGGCAAGACCAAGCGUGUUCACAAAAUCCAACGACGAGGGCGUCGAACGAGUGUUGAAGAAAUACGAUUACGCCUUCCUCAUGGAAUCAACCACGAUCGAGUACAGGAUGGAAAGAAACUGCGACCUCGAUAAAGUCGGUGGUCUUAUCGAUAACAAGGGAUAUGGAAUUGCCUUGCCUCGGAAUUCGCCGUACAGGACGCCUAUAAGCGGCGCAAUAUUGAUGCUGCAAGAGAAAGGGGUGCUGCAAGAUCUGAAGAAAAAGUGGUGGGUGGAACGCGGAGGUGGAUUGUGUUCAAGUAGUGACGCUGAACCCGCGAAUUCGAGCGAACUGGGUCUUGCCAAUGUCGGUGGUGUGUUCCUGGUACUCUUAAUUGGAUGCUGCGGAUCUAUAUUUAUCGCCAUCUGCGAAUUCUUGUGGAAUGUCAGAAAGGUCGCUGUUAACGAAAAGGUUACACCAUGGGAGGCACUGGUAGCAGAAUUGAGAUUCGCCGUGAACAUUUGGGCGGAGACGAAACCCGUUAAAAUCUCGAAAAGCAGCGGCACGAGUUCGAUGGAAGGCGGUAUCGGCAGGGCGGCUUCAACGGCUCGUUCCAUCGUUGGAUCCUUCCUCCGACUCGACAUCCUCGACAAAUUCGAUAAAGAUAACAACAGCAAUGAUCGCAGCAACGAUCGGAAGAUUAAUUGAAACCCUCACGCGUACUCUACUGCACACGACAAUUAGUGAGGCUCUAAAUUAAACACUUUGUCUGCCACACGAUUUAAUUUCCACACAGAUUACAUACAAACAAUUUGUCCAUUCUAAAUAUUCGUAGUACUUGAAGCUAUAAUUGAUUAAUGUAAUAUUGUGAAAAUAUUUUGUGAGACGUGGUAAAAAUAAAAGAAUGAUGAAAUUAAUUGCUUCAAUGUGGCAGUCAACGUGAAAUAGCCUGUAUUGCUACAAAAUGUGUGUGAAUUAUAACAAAAACAAUUUACUGUUCCAACAUUGCACUAAUCUUGUGUUGAUAACAGUUACUACUUGUAGUCAUUCUUUUUCUUGAAUUUAAAAAAGAGUUUUUUUUAACUUGUAGGAAAAGUAACACUUAUUAAGGGUGACUAUAACACUGUCUCGUUAGAUAUUAUUUUUGCGAUAUUUAAAAGUGCUCCAUUCGAGUGUGUAAUUUUAAUUAAUUCUGUGUAUAUGUCUCAUGGACUUGUGUCACUAUUGACGUUGAGAUUUGAAUAAA